AUGCUCGAAGAAGUUGAAGAUGAUCUCUUCAGGCACUUCAAACUCGCAACGCCACAGGAAUUCCCUGAUGAAAUCGGUGUAUCUCUUCGUAUUCAAACCAUGCUUCUUCUUGGGCACCAUCUUGAACUUCUGCCACAACAAUUAGAUGUUCUGGGUGUGGGCGCCAGUUCGAAGAUCGACAAAAUCAACCAUAUCAUUUACGGUGGUUCGAUAUCCUGCAGGCAAUCUUGA